AUGGAUGCAAACAUCGAUGAACGCGUUGAGCAGAAGUUACGAGAGCACAGAUCGUCUUUGUUGACGGACAUGGAGAAAAUAAUAACUAAGAUAAGUGAUAAUAAUGCUCAAAAAUUUUCAAAUUUAUUAAAUGCUGGAAUUCCAAAAUUUAAGAGAAAGUCAAACGAAGAACAGUACAAGUACAAUAGCAAAGUAGGCGUAGCUUUGGAUGAAGCUGAGUCAUUGUUAUCUGACGAAAAAACGGACGAAUAUAGUAGGAAAAUAGCAGAAGCAAAAGACCUGGUUUUACACCGGCAAAAGUUAAUACGACUGGCUGACAAUUCGGAAUUGGGAUGGAGAGUCGUACACGAGUACGAAUGUAAUCCUCUUGCCGACAACUCGGAUGACGAAAAGCGUAUGAUGCAGGCCGAAUCAAGGGCCAAUCGAAAGUUCAAGGCAGAGAAGAAGCGUUCGACACGCCGAUCUUGGCCAUACAGGAGACCCACGUCUACCGUCACGGCUCCACAGGCGACAGAAGCAUCGAUCACGCCCACGCAACCUAGACGUCCCGGGCUUUGUUUUGAUUGUGGCAAGCCCGGACAUUGGAAAGGAGCGCCGGAAGGCGCAGCAAAGACUUCCAAUAACAAGAUGAGUAUAAAUUUGUUAUGUACAUUAGAUCAGAAAAAUGACGGGCAGUCUAAAUUUAUGGGUCCGGAAGAGCCCACUGAAACCUUAUCUCCUGUAGGUAGGUUGAAAGAAAAGUAUCAUAAAUGGAAAGAGGCAACUGGAAGUGAUUACAUAUUGAAUGUUAUUGAUAAAGGAUAUAAAUUACCCUUUAAAACAAUUCCGGAAGGAGCAAUACUUAAAAAUAAUCGUUCAGCGAGAGAAAAUGUUUCGUUUGUAGAGCAAGAAAUUCAAGAUUUAUUAGAUAAAGGUAUAAUAUCAAAAUCAGAAAAAACACCAAAGGUAGUCAACCCCCUCACUGUAGCUAUAAAUAAAAAAGGGAAAAAGAGAUUAGUUUUAGAUUGCAGAUAUAUAAAUCCCCAUUUACACCAAUUCAAAAUUAAAUUUGAGGAUAUAAAAAUAGCAGAGAAAUUAUUCGAAAAGAACUCCUUUUUAUUUACAUACGACUUAAAAGGAGCGUAUCAUCAUAUUGACAUUUUUGAUGAGCACAGAACUUAUCUAGGGUUUUCGUUCCCUGAGAACGGGUCCAAAAAAUAUUACGUGUUUAAUUCUUUACCAUUCGGAAUAAAAACAGCUGGGCACAUAUUCACAAAACUGUUGAGAAUAGUUGUUUCAUAUUUGAGAUGCAAAGGACACAAAAUCAUUAUGUUUUUGGAUGAUGGUAUAGGCGGUCAUAACUCUCUUAUGAAUGCAAUCACUUCCAGUGAUUAUACAAAACAAACUCUCAUUGAUUUUGGGUUUUUACUAGCACACGAGAAAUGCGAAUGGGUACCGAAACAAAAGGUAACGUGGCUUGGUCAUGUGUUAGAUAUGGAACAUAAUCUAUUGUUCAUUACUGAAAAUAGAAUACGGGGAUUAGAGUCUUCCAUAGAAUCUCUUAUAUAUCAGGUCAGUAUAUCAAAACAUAAAUUAGUACCUGUUAGAUAUCUCGCAAGUGUCGUAGGACAGAUCACUUCUGUACAAAGUGUCAUAGGUAACAAAGUACGGCUUUUAACCAGAUAUUUAUUUAAUUGUAUUAAUUCUAGAGCCAGCUGGAAUGCUCCAGUAAUGAUCACAGAAAACGCAAUUGACGAAUUACAAUACUGGAGACAAAACGUACGUUCUUUAAACAAAAAUGGUAAAAACAUUGAUAAGAAAGAAAUAUGCAUGUAUAACGUGUUUGCAGAUGCAAGUCAGUUAGGCUACGGAGGGUACGUAGAAUUGAACAACACUAGGUGA